ACCCCAGGUUCUCCCUUCAGUCCAUCUACACACCACCUACCUCUUUCUCCCAUGAUGCAACAGCAAACAAAGGGGUAGAGCAAGAGGACGACUGAAAAGGGGGAGAAAAGUUUUAAAUGCUUAACAUCAUGAUUCUAGAGAUGUUUAAACCUCCAGCAAAUGCCUCUCAUUCAAACGUAUAUCCUGACGAAUUGUGUUUUAUGCUGUAAAUCGCUAAUCCAGAACACGGCAAAGCGAUUUUUUAUCAUUUAGCUUGGGAAGCUAGUUAGCAGUAGCCAACGACAAAGCUAGUCCAUCAAAAACGCUGUAUAUUUGGUGGUGCGAGUUGUAGGAGCCUUUGGGCUAAACCUUAGCGACAUUAGCUUCUUGUUUUAUUUCAGUAUGUGAUUCAGAGCUCUUCAGGAGAUACUACGGAAAUACACCAGUUCUUGUCUUUUGGAUGUGACAGGACGACAGGAAUGGCAGAGGUAUUCACAUGAUAAACAAUGUGCGAGCAGAGGGACAGGCAACUUGGUCAUCUGUAAAACAUUGCCUGAGUCACCCCCUUGCCUAAACUGGGGAGGAACUAUCAGAAUGAAGAAGAUAAGCCUUAAGACCAUAAGAAAGUCGCUAAAUCUCAAAGGCAAAGAUGAAAAUGAGUUUGCUGCACCAUCAACACUGGCAGCCGGCUUUGCAGCUGAAGACUCUCUGUUUGGAGGCUGUUACAGCAAAGAUCUUGUCAAUAGUGACUUUGAUAAUGAAGAGGAGAAAGGGUCCAAGAAUCGCUCCAAGAGUGAGAGCCUUAUGGGCACCCUGAAAAGGAGACUGUCUACAAAACAGAAGGUCAAAGUCAAAGGGAGUUCGCCGUCUGUAAGUUCUGUGGAUGACGACACGUUCUCGUCAUCGUCCGCGCCCAUUGGUUUCAGUGACUUAAAAUCCCAGCCCUCGUUGCGGUCCACCUCUCUCCGAAGCCACCAUUACAGCCCAACCCCGUGGCCUCUCAGACCAGCAAACUCUGAAGAGACGUGCAUGAAAAUGGAGGCCAAGGUGAACGCCUUGAUCCAUUCAUCCAGUGCUAGUCCUGCAUUGAAUGGUGUCCGGAAAGACUUCCUGGAAUUUCCUAGAGAUGGACUCUUUAAGGAGUCAAGUGAUUCGUUGAAGGAUCCUGAACCUCAGAAUGGUGACCUUCAUCUAGAAAUUGACGAAAAUGUGCCUGUAGUCAUUGGCCUUGCAGCUCAAGACUAUAUCCAGUACACAAUGCCUUUAGAUGAUGGACUGUACUCUGAAGAAGGGUCCCGCUCUUUCUGCCUGGAUGGCACAUCACCUAUGGAGGUAGGGUCACAGUCAGAUAGAUGCUCUUUAAAUGUUGAUGAGGACCCCAUCGACCAGGAACUGAUGUCCCCAGACAUCUUUAUGGAACCGUCGGUCAACAGACUGCUGUUCAACACGGCCAACGUUUUGCUGCAAGGCUCUCAACUCGAAGCCCCUCUCUCUCCUUUGCUACCUCUGCUCCCGGGCAGUCAUCUCCAACGGACCUUACCCGGAUUUUUUAGUGGUACCCACGCUCAGGUUGCUGAGCGGGUCAUCCACCACCUCAAUUUUGACCCCAACACUGCCCCAGGGGUGCGGCGGGUCUACGAUGCGGUUCAGAACAAUGGGCCCAUGGUGGUGACUAGCCUGACCUUUGAGCUAAAGAAGCUGGCUAGACAGGGUUGGUACUGGGGGCCGAUCACACGGUGGGAGGCAGAGGAGAAACUGACUAACCUAGUUGAUGGCUCCUUCUUGGUGCGGGACAGCUCAGAUGACCGCUAUCUGCUCAGCCUAAGCUUCCGCUCCCAGGGUAAGACGCUCCACACGAGAAUAGAACACUCCAACGGCAGUUUCAGCUUCUACGAGCAGCCGGACGUAGAGGGCCACACGUCCAUUGUGGAUCUCAUUGAACAUUCGAUAAAGGAUUCCGAAAGCGGAGCCUUCUGCUACUCCAGGUCACGCCUACCCGGAUCUGCAACCUACCCCGUCAGACUGACCAAUCCCGUGUCCCGGUUUAUGCAAGUGCGGUCCCUGCAGUAUCUCUGCCGGUUUGUUAUCCGUCAGUACACACGGAUAGACCUGAUUCAGAAAUUGCCUUUACCGAAUAAAAUGAAAGAUUACUUGCAGGAAAAGCACUAUUGAAAAAUGGUUAUUAUAGACUAGGAACUUCACAAGACUCGCUUGCUACUUGCACUUUUGGGAUAGAUGAAACAACAAAGCAGGUUUUAACGAAUUUUAGACAUGUUCUGGUGCCAUUGCUUUUUUUUCUUUUUCAGAGGAAAAGAUGAGAGGUGAUGUGUGUUUGUGUGUUAGUGAGUUACAGUGUCUCCCUCCUACUAGAUUAGAUAGUCAUUAUGUUGUUGGGCAUAUCAAGUGCAAAGAAUGUGAUUUAGGGGAUCAAAUUAUACUGGAAUAUUUUCUGCAUGUUCAUGACGAGAAAAGCUUAUAGUGUUGUUCUUUGGUUGUGAAGAUCAGUAGUUUUUGGACAAAGUAAUCCAUACAUUUUUUUUUGUAUGCAUAAACACAUACAUAUCCCAAAUAAGAAAACGUGACAAGCACAUUAGCGCCCCAAGCUUUACUAACUUUGAAGAAAUGUAAUCAGACGUGGAUGCACACAGGGAAAAUGUCUUAAUGCUGUUCAGGGUUGCUUGUAUUUUUCUGUAACUAUUGACUCUGCCCACAGUUUCCACAUUUGAAUCAUCCCCAGCGUUAUAAUUUCAUUCCCUCUGCCCACGACCAUUUUGGCUCAGUGAUUAUGCCACAGUAUUGUGUUAACUGCUGUCAGCCUGAGUUUUAUCCAUAGAUGCUCCCCCCCGUAUCGAGUGCAGAGAGCCAUACUUAUAAGCUACAUUAGCUGGUCACACAGGCAGUGUACUUCUAUGUCCAAUCAAGUUGACUUUCUACAGUAAGGAUAUCUGAAGCUAUCUGUAGAAAUGUUCAUUAUUGCCUUUUUUUCAAUUUGGCUAUUGUAUUUUUCAACUUCCCUUAUUUCAGCCAAUACAGCUCCCCAUUAUGUAUAAUCCCUGAGAACCUGUUUUUGUUCUUUUUCUACAUUUUAGUAUUUGAAAGUUUUUCAAUGAACGGUACUUUUUUGUGUGUUUGACAAACAUCUUUCACUCUGAUAUUGUAAUGGUGUUACUACAUUGUUCUCAUUUCUUGAUGGUCAUUUUGUUUUGUUUUAAAUUGAUUUCACAUUUCCGGUGUUCAAGUAUUAUUGGGUGUUCCUUAAAAUGUCAGAGACUCCCUAGAAGCUGCCAGUGCUUGUUGAGAACCUCCGAAAUGACUCCUCCCAUUGCAAAGGAGAAGUAUUUACAAUGGGGUUAUUCUGGACAUUCUGAAUAACAUUGAGGCAUACUUCAAAAACACUGACACAUAAGUGGCAGAAUGGUUGGCAGGUCAUUUUUAAACCGUACAUAUCGAAAGGGAAGACGUUUCUGCCUUAUUCCACAAGGUGCAAAGAGAUGUCAUUGUUUUCCAGCUCUAAUAGGUUAGGGUGCAUAUUUGUUGUUUUUAUUUGAGAAAUUAUUUUAUUUUAGGUUCAAAUUCAGUUGGCAAACCAACCAACCUCUCCCACACAUUUACAAAAGUUGGACAAUAGUUUUCAAACGCUGGACAAGUUGAUUUUGUUAUUCAGUCAUCUUAAAUGCUUCAUGUUACAGCCUUGACUGGAUCUUGCCACAACAAACAUGGAAGUGUAAUAUAUGCAGCCAUUUCCACUCAUUUCUUCUUAACACAUUUUUGCUAGUCAAACAGAUAUUCUAUUGUCUGUGUGGCUUUAUGCUGCCAUUGCGGUUUCGUUUUGUAUACAGACAGUGAGGCAAUAAUUUGGGCAUUGUAAGGGGUAGAGUAUUUUCUUUUGUUCUGUUUCAAAGUGAGUUUGGAAACUUGCUAACCUUACAGCAGUGCUUUUGUGGCUCGUAAACAUUGAUGAUUAUGGAGCACUUGGUUAAAAGAUGUGUGAACCCUAGUUGUGCUGCACCAUCCAGUUCAGAAACAUAUCAAAUCGAAAGUGUUAGAUUGGCAAGGUACCUAUUUGUCGUACCUAUGUUAUUAUCAUUAAGACUGCAAGUGUAUGGUUCCUUCAGAGGAAUUUUUCACCUGCUGCUAAGCACCGUAUGUGACCACGGGAGGAUGGUUUGCAACAAGUUCAACAUUCCUUUGAUACUUAAAAGGGAAAUUGAUUCACGUUGUCUGUAUUGCAAUUGGGAUACAUUGAACAAAGUAGAUUGUACCUCCAAACGUUAAAAUCUGCAUGGUUCAGAAAUGUAUGUAUAACAGUAAUUGACAGCAAAAUGUCAACACUAUUAUGGGCCAAAAUAAGUCAUAUUUCCACUGUUGGCGGAAAAUGGGAAAGCCACACCAAAUGUGACCCCUGUUUAGAUUAUCAAGCACCCUGAACACUGAAUAAUAAUUGAAUAAUAUUGGGAAUGGUACUGGCUUGACAUUCAUAUUGCAAUGGGGAAGGACUGAGUGAAGUUAUCCACAAAGCUGAGGCAUGAGGCAAGUGUAACUGAUAAAAACGUAAUUAAAUGCUUAAACAGCUGUAGUCACUUAAGCACAGAAACACGCCCUUCAUAGUGUUUUCCAAGUCCUUGAAAGUGAUAACUCUAUCGUUCCUUAUUCAUUUAAGCUGCUGGUUAAGUCAGUAUUUUAUCUUCAAGUUAAGUAUCUAGUUAUAUCCAGCCAGCGCUGUCUAUUUCCUCAUCCUUAGGUAUGACCUUAGGGAAGUUUACAAUUGUUCAUACUAAUUAUUUUAUGUCGCUUUGGGCCUGAGUUUAUUCUGGUUUUUCAAUUCAAUUUUAUUUAUAUAGCGCCAAAAACGAUAAAAUUGUCUCAAGAAGUAUAUCGACAUUAACCACACAUUUGGUACGUUGUAAAAUGUUAAUUUCUCCAUACUGAUUACUGAUGGCCUUUCUGCUCAUACAGAAAUAUGAAUAUAUCGAAUGUUGUUUCAAUGUGGUUAGAAUGGCUGGGCUUGGAAGUCACCUAGAUGUGAACGUCUCUAAAAUAGUCAAGUUGAAGUAGUGGUGACUCGAUGGGUGAUUAUUGAUGCCUAUGGCUGCAGUGAUUUUUUUUUUCUUUUUUUUUUCGGUUUUGGUUUGUUCCAGGUUUUUAGUAUGCCCUUCAAGAAAGCAGUGUAAGCUCUGACAUGCUUUUUGAUGUUUUUGAAGGGUGAGGCUGUAUACCAACAUAUUGCACAUUUUGAAUACAGUGUAAAAGGGUUUUUUGUAUCCGCCGAUACACCAUGUAAAUAAAAGACUUAUUCUGA